GGCUAGACCACCGCGGAGAUAGGAAAUCCACGAAAAAAGUCGGAAAACCGCGUGGGUUCACCACAAUAUCUCUCUACUUCGUCGCCACAGAUGAGCCGCAAGCAUUGACUCGGUAUCUUUCCAUACGGCUGUGGCACGAUGAAUUUAUGGGAUGUUAAGGAUUAAGACGAUGUUUGUCUCUGACAAAUAGACACGGGCGUGCGGGAUGGGUAGGUAGGACUACUUAAAGAUGGUGCCAUCGCGGCAGAGGAAGGCAUUCCAACCUACUUCACACUUAACACUUAUUACAAUCGAAGAUUAACAACACUGUAACGCCAUACUAAUCGUCGAUAAUAUCAGCAAAAGGAAUUAAGAGACUACUUAGUAGGUACCUGAUACUUACUGGCCAACCUCCGUCUUUCAGAUAUUCAAUAUGGCUGUCGCUGCGCCAAUUUCGCCAGAACAUAUCGCCAUCGUCAAGGCAACAGCACCAGUACUAAAAGAACAUGGCACGACGAUUACGACACUUUUCUACAAGAACAUGAUCGCCGCAAACCCUGAGCUAAAGAAUAUAUUUAGCAUGUCCAACCAAGAGAGCGGAGCCCAGCCUCGAGCCCUAGCUGCCGCCGUCUUUGCAUACGCUACGUACGUUGAUGACCUUGGUCAGCUGAAGGCGCUGGUAGAGCGUAUCGCGCACAAGCACGAGAGCCUCAACGUCCAGCCCGAUCAGUACUCCAUCGUCGGAAAAUAUCUACUCGAAGCCGUCGCAGCCGUUCUAGGGGACGCCUGUACUCCCGCGAUCGCCGAGGCCUGGACUGCUGCUUACGCCGCACUGGCCGAUGUCUUCAUCAACCGGGAACGGCAGCUAUAUUCUGCGCACGAGAACUGGCCAGGUUGGCGACGCUUCAAGAUCCAGCGAAAGGUCCCGGAAACGGCGGAGAUCACCAGCUUCUACCUCGUCCCCGAAGACGAAAAGCCGCUCCCGUCCUUUUUGCCAGGCCAAUACAUCAGCCUACAAGUAUUCGUCCCCCAGAUGGGACACAUGCAACCAAGGCAGUACUCACUAAGCGAAGCGCCACGGAGUGAUUACUACCGGAUCAGCGUGAAGAGGGAGAAAGACAAGCAGCUCGGCGCUCCUGGCUUGAUAUCCAACCUACUGCACGACAACUACAAAGAGGGCGACGUACUCGAACUCUCGGCGCCGGCAGGGGAAUUCUUCGUGGAUCCGAGAGAAAGCAAGGGUAAUCCGAUCGCGCUCAUAUCCGCCGGCGUCGGUCUCACGCCUAUGAUAUCGAUCCUCAACAACUCUGUGAACGCCGGUUCCCGCCGGCGUAUUUCGUGGAUCCAUGGCGUGCGCAACUCCGAGGCUCGUGCUUUCAAGGAUCACCUCCGCGACGUGCGCGCUAAGGACGUCGAUAAUAAUAUCAAGACAACAUUUUUCGUGACGUCGCCGCAGCAGGGCGAGGUUCAGGGGGUCGAUUACCACUUCGCCGGAAGGACUGAUCUAACCAAAGUUGACCCCAACACCGCCCUCUUCCUCUGUGAACCCGGGGCCGAGUAUUACACCUGUGGGCCGUAUUCUUUCAUGAAGGAUGUAGAGAAGUACUUGGUUGGUGCUGGUGUCGGUCCAGAGCGUAUUCAUCUCGAGGUUUUCGGCACCGGCGAUCAGUGAUAUCUAACUAUUAGUUCACGAACGAAGGUAUAUAAUGCCUCCCUUUUAUGGAAGCGAUAUUCAUACUGUACACAUAUAUAUAUAUAUAUUUUAUCUCGUUGGCGAUGGAGUCUCAUGGCAUCUGGGAAGAUUUCUCUCUGAUGGUCUACUACCUAUCUACUUAAUAGGUAGGUCAAUUUUAGAGAAUAGGUACCUACCUAGGUACCUAGGUAGGU